AUGUCUUUUACCAAGGCGGUUUUCUCGUGGCGUGUUUCCUGGCUUUCGGCCUUUUGUUUCGUUCCACGCAAAAUAUCCAACGAACACUUUGAUUUUGAACUGUUGAUCUACUAUAUGCUGAGAUUCUUCCAGCUCGUUUUUACUCAAAUGGAUGAUCUUUGGUGGAAUCCUCAUUUAUUUAAUCCAAACUUUCAUUUGCAACGUUAUAUUCGUAAAUUUCCUGAAGUAGUGACUAAUGAUUUAGUUACACGAACCCGGUCUGUCGUCAGCAUAAGCGAAUUAAAUAAUAUUGAAAAAUAUGGGAAUGGCUGUUAUAAUCGCUUUCCUGAUUAUUGGCCUCAAGACACAUAUACCUGUUGGUAUAAAGACCAGGUCGCACUAUUUUCAAGCCACUACGGUACAGGAUACAAUUAUAGCGACACUUGCUCUGCUACUGACAGAAACCCCUUUAGAUUCGCGAUCAGGAAAUUUUCUGGUGCUUAA